AUGGAAAGUCUAUAUGCAAACACAGAGAUUUUUGGAGAAGUUUUAGACACUUGGUCUGAUUUACUUAACCACCAAGAACUGGAAAGGGAUUUUGGAAAUUCACCAUACGGACUCUUCUUGAAAGUUGGAGUUUCUACUGCUUAUCUAACUUCAACAUUGUCUGAUGAAAGAAAGUAUGAAAAAUUCAAGGAGAACUUUCAUGACAGUACCAAUGGGUACAAAAAAAUCUUGAACAUAAAAGAUAUUGACAUGGUAUUCUUUCCAGUUGUUAGAAGUGCUCACAUUUUUGUGAUUGUCUUCAACUUAAAGAAACGGUCAAUUGAAAUUCUAGACAAUAGUGCAGUUGAGGGGGAUUAUGAAGGGAAAUACGGAGUAAUAUUGAAACCUUUGAAAAAUUUGUUUGUGAGAUACUUUAAAGAAAUAAACCAUCCAAGAGCAAAUGCAAUCUCAAAAGAAAGUAUCAAACCCCAGCAACUUGAAAUGUCAUGGAGAACAGUUAAAAACAAAGUUGAUUGUGGGGUCUUUGCAAUGAGACAUAUGGAGACCUAUAUGGGACAACCACUCUCAAAGUGGAAACCAGGUCUUCAUAAAGAAAGUGCAGUUCAACAAACUACUUUAGAGAAGCUCAGGCAAAGAUAUGCACACAUAAUGCUAACUUCUGAAAUCAACAUGUUGAAGGCUAAGGUGUUGGAUCUUGCUGAAAAAUAUCAAAAAGUUGAAUUCAAAGUGCGUACUGAUCAUGCAUACAAGGCUAUGCAAACAAUUCAAAAAAGGUUAAAAUAA